AUGGCCAUAUCUGUAAAUGCCCUCCAUAAUCUUUUUGAUGUUGUGGUGGAAACCGGCGAACACCUUGACCUUCAUGUCAACAAGAAUACAAAAUGCAUGCCGCGGCAAUGUGGUUCUACCGCAGGAUGUUGCGCACCCUUUACACCAACCGUGUCUAACGAGGAGAUCCUCAGAAGAGUCGGACAGGGACGCGAGCUUCAAAAAUUGAUCCGACAACUCAGAUUCCUCGGACAGUGCAAUCCAGUAGGAUCGGAGGAAGUGCUUGUUGAGAGCUACGAUCAAACUCAUGGCAUAGGUCAGUACCCACGCCGAAUGCAGUUUGAAGAGGCAACCCCUCAAGGAACGCUCUCGUCGCCUGAGGAGGAUCUGCUGGAGUUUCGAGUUGGCUCCAUCGAUCACACCAUACGAUUUCCCGUUAUGCAGGCCAUGACCGUGCUGCCGUCACCCCACGAACACCGUAACAUGAGGAUCCUGGUCGCCUUCCUGUUGGUUGCCUUCGUUGCAGCAGAGCAGAAGCGCGAGGCCGACCCCGGUCACUUCGGCCUCGGUCACGGCGUCGGUCUCCUCGGCCAUGGCCACUUUGGUCACGGCUUUGGGUACGGCCCGGCCAUAGCACAUCACCCCUACCACGGUCAUUCGUUCAUACAGUCCUAUAAUCAUCUCCUCUAUAAGCGAGAUGCUGACCCUGGUUUUUCACAUCACGGAUUCGGACACGGGCUGGGCCACGGGUUCUUCGGACAUGGUUUCGGUUUAGGCUAUGGCCACGGCUACGGCUACGGGCCCGGCAUUGCCUACCAUCCCUACCACGGCCAUUCUUUCGUGCAGACACACCACAUCGGCAAACGGGACGCCGAUCCUGGCUUCCUUCACAGACAUGGCUUCGGGCAUGGAUUUGGGCACGGGCUUGGCUUCGGAUUUGGACAUGGUCUAGGUCUGGGGUAUGGCCAUGGCUACGGGUACGGUCCAGGCAUCGCUCACCAUCCUUACCACGGUCACUCCUACGUCCAAACACACAACAUCGGGAAACGAGAAGCUGACCCUGGCUUCCCGAUUCACGGUCAUGGAUUCGGACAUGGAUUGGGCUUUGGUCACGGCCUUGGCUUCGGAUUCGGCCACGGCCACGGCUAUGGCCCAGGCAUCGCUCACCACCCAUACCACGGUCACUCGUUCGUGCAGACGCACCACAUCGGAAAGCGAAGCGCUGACCCGGGCUUUGCACACCCUGGCUACAGUUUAGGACAUGUCUAUCAUUAUGGCCAAGGGUUCGGACACGGUGCCUCGUUCGGCUACGGAACCAGCGUCUCUCACCCCGGGCAUGGGCAUUCCUUCCAGCACAGACACGGCGUGGUCUAUCCCUAUUACGGAUAG